CUCCAGCAGUGCUCAGAGCCCCGUCCAGCCUGACCUUGGCUGUGUGCAGGGACGGGGCACCACCGCCUCUCUGGGCAACCUGUGCCAGUGCCUCACCGCCCUCAGUGCCAAACCUUCUUCCUUAACUCCAGUCUCAAUCUCCCCUCUUGUAGUCUGAAGUCAUUUCCCCUUCUCCCAUCUCACAGACACCACUACAGAGUCUGUCCCCUUCCUUCUCACAGCCCCUUUAGAUACUCACAGGCCUCUCUCAGCUCUCCCUGCAGCCCCUCUUUUCCAUGCCUAUGAACACAUGCUGGGUCCUCUCAUAGGACCCAGCCCCAGCUCUCAGCCUGUCCUCGCAGGGAGGGCUUCCAUCCCUGGCCCCAUUUCUGUGUCCCUCCUCUGGACUCGCUCCAGCAGCUCCACGUCUCUCCUGCCCUGAGGACUCCACCUGUGGACGCAGUGCUCCAGGUGAGCUGGCACAGCACAGCAGAGGGGCAGGAGCACCUCCCUGCCCUGCUGCCUGCACUGCUCUGGGUGCAGCCCGGGCUCCGCUUGGCUUUCUGUGCUGCAAGGGCACACUGCUGCCUCAUGUCCAGCUGCCACCCACCAGUACCCCCAGCCCUUUUCGGCAGGGCUGUGCUCUGUCCUUACGUCCCCCAGCUUGUACUGACAGUGGCUGCUGCCAUGACCCAGGUGCAGACCUUGCACUUGGCUUUGUUGAACCUCCUGAUGUUCCCCUGGGCCCAGAGCUCAGCCUGUCUGGGUCUCUCCAGAUGCCAUCCUGUCCCUCAGGUGUAUCAAUGGCAUCACACAGCUUGGGGUCAUCAGCAAACUGCUGAGGGUGUACCCGAUCCCACUGUCAUUGUCACCACUGAUGAUGUUACAGAUCACGGGUCCCACCACUUGCCACCCGUGUCCAUCUGGACAUUGACCCAUUUACCACCACAGCCAGCGGCAUCAGAGGACGGCAUUCAUUCAUUCCAGACGUGACAAAGCUUUCUGGGUGGUACAUUAAGCAUUUACUUUCCUAAAAAAAGGAACCUAAACAAGAAUUUCUCAGCUUCACACGCAACCACGAGGUAACUCAGCCACCUUACAAACAGAGGCAUUCAUUCACCCAGCCUGCAGAGCACCCACGCCCGGACCAGCGCUGCCCUCCCGGCUGAGCCCCGCGCCGCCUCCCGCACGGCUCGCGGCGCACACGGAGAGCGGCGUCACCGGGCGGCGCCGGGCGGAAGCGCAGCCAUCGGGGAGCGGAGCGAUGGCGGAGAGCCGCGUUCUGCUGCUGGGCGAGGGCAACUUCUCGUUCGCCGCCGCGCUUUGCGAGGCCGCCGGGACCCGCGUGGUGGCCACCUGCUACGAGAGGGAGGAGGAGGUGGUGGCGCGGAGCCGGGCCGCGGAGAACAUCCGGAGACUGCGGGACAGGGGAGCUGAAGUUCUGUUUUCUGUGGACUGCACCAAGCUGAAGGACUAUUUUUUACAAGGAAAAAGAGAAUUUGACUGCAUUUAUUUCAACUUCCCUCACUGUGGGAGGAAGGCUGGGGUGGUGAAGAACAGAGAGCUGCUCUCAUGCUUCUUCCAUAGCUGUGCAGAAGUGCUGGCGCAGGAUGGAGAGGUGCGUGUGGCUCUCUGCAGGGGGCAGGGUGGCACACCUGCCGAUCAGCCCAAGAGAGAGUGGCACAACAGCUGGCAGGUGGUGGCAGUGGCAGCAGGAGCCGGCUUCAUCCUGAGUGACGUUCAUCCCUUCCAAGCAGAGACUGCCCAUGGCUAUGAAUGUACGGGGUACAGGAGUCAAGAUAAAUCCUUCUGUAUAGAGGGUGCUUUAAAUCAUGUUUUUACACGAAGCACGCCACUCCUGUAUUACAAACCUCUGAUCUGUGAGAUACAACUGGAAAGACAAAGAAUUUCUUUUCAAGUACCACAAGUACUUGUGGAUAAAAUUAACAGGGGUUUCCUGGAGCGAAAUUCAAAUCAUCCAGUACGGACAAUAAAGGAGAAGCUGACUGCAGCGCUCAGCCAGGCCUUCCGACUGCAAAGCAUCGACUACUGCCUUUCUCUGCUCCUCCAAGGUGACCUUAAUGCCACUUGUCACUCAAACAUGUUUUGGAUCCCUCUGAGCCCAGAGGAGACUCCCAGUGCUGAAGAAAUGGCCAGUGGGCGAGCAAACGCAGUUCUGUUUUCCCAUGUUGAUUUUCAUGAGGACACAGAUAAGAAUGUACAAGAGGGAUGUCAAACUCCAAAACAGUGUUAUCUUAGGCCUUCCCUUCUGCCUUAUGGUCAGGCAAUAAUAAGAAGUACAUCCUUUGUCCCGGGGACACUUUACGUUUUUUCUGGCCCAGUCUUCAGGAAGUGCCAUGUCUCUCCUUCCUCUAUGCCUGUUUUUCAUGAAAUGGUUCUUGUGUGUGCAGUUAACAGAGGUUCAGAGAACAGCUUCAUACAGAUGGUAGUGGACACAAUUAAAACCAGCGUACAUUCUCUUCACCAGACCAUUUCUGAUCAUAAGCUGACCUUCAGUCUGCAGGAAUCAACAAGCUUGGGAACAGCUGAGCUCAGUGACUUUGCCACUUUUGAAUCUAAGCUUGGUGAAGUUCAGUUCUUCCUCUGCAUGGAGGCAGAUACUCGGGACUGCUCUGAGAAGGGUUCUUGUGUGGGUGCAGUAAGGACUGCUCCGUAUGAGCCAGCAGGCAGUGAUUUGGUUGUUGUCUCUGCUUCACUGAAUCUGGACCUCGUGGCCAUGCUCAUCUGUGCCAUAGAUGACUGGCGCAUGCUCUGGACAUCAGACUCACGCUUCCUCCGUCAGUUCCCUGCAGGAGAGCUACGGAUUUUCAGGAGCUUCUCUCUCUACCCACCUUCUUAUGUGCAUGAUGUCAGCUUCUGGCUUCCUGACGAGAAACAAUUUGACGAUGUUGCUUUUCACACCAUUGCCAGAGAAGUAUCAGGUGAAGCAGUAGCAUCCAUCCAAUUACUUGAUAACUUCCAGCAGCCGGGGACUGGUCGAAACAGCCUGUGCUGCCGGCUCACCUUCCAGAGCUGCAACAGGGCGCUGGGCCACGGGGAGGUGGCAGCCAUGCAGCUGCGCUUCAGGGAGGAGAUCUCUCAGCGGCUGCGUGUGACCCUGCGGUAGGGCUGUAUGGUGCUGGGCAGAGCUCUGCAUGGCCCUACAGUAGGGCUGUAUGGUGCUGGGCAGAGCUCUGUAUGGCCCUACAGUAGGGCUGUAUGGUGCUGGGCAGAGCUCUGCAUGGCCCUACAGUAGGGCUGUAUGGUGCUGGGCAGAGCUCUGCAUGGCCCUACAGUAGGGCUGUGUGGUGCUGGGCAGAGCUCUGCAUGGCCCUACAGUAGGGCUGUGUGGUGCUGCUGUCUGCAGAAAGUGGCUGCAUCUCGCAGUACUGUGUGGUGUUGCAGUGCCUCCUACAAAGGUGGGGUUCAGCAUCUGCAUACAUUGUAAAUGGGGAAAAUAAAAACUGGACACUGCCGUGCUGUGUGUGUGUGUGUAAUGAAAGCUCGUUUCUUAAAGGA